CCAUAUAAUAAGAUUAUUUUACUUUUCUUGUCUGUGAAUUCCCAAGCUCCUUGCCUAUAAAUUGACUCAGGCACCACCUCAGUUUCCAUUCAUUCAUCCCUUCUCUUCGUACAUCCCCUCUCUAUUUUGCGUUUACUCUGUUUUCAUCAUGGCCAAUGGCCUGACCCGAGUUCACAGCCUCCGGGAGAGGCUUGAUGAGACCCUUGCUACCAACAGGAAUGAAAUUUUGACCCUUCUGUCAAGGAUUGAAGCCAAGGGCAAGGGGAUCCUGCAACAUCACCAGAUCAUUGCUGAGUUUGAGGAAAUUCCUGAAGAGAACAGGCAGAAGCUAACUGAUGGAGCUUUUGGAGAAGUUUUGAGAUCCACACAGGAAGCCAUAGUUUUACCACCAUGGGUUGCUCUUGCUGUUCGUCCAAGGCCUGGUGUUUGGGAGUAUCUGAGAGUGAAUGUGCAUGCUCUUGUUGUUGAAGAGCUGCAACCUGCUGAGUUUCUGCACUUCAAGGAGGAACUUGUUGAUGGAAGUUCUAAUGGCAACUUUGUGCUUGAGUUGGACUUUGAACCAUUUAAUGCAUCGUUUCCUCGCCCAACUCUGAACAAGUCAAUUGGGAAUGGUGUGGAAUUCCUCAAUCGCCACCUUUCUGCUAAACUCUUCCAUGACAAGGAGAGCUUGCAUCCACUUCUGGAAUUUCUCAGACUUCACAACUACAAUGGAAAGACUUUGAUGUUGAAUGACAGGAUUCAGACCCCAAAUGCUCUCCAACAUGUUCUGAGGAAAGCUGAAGAGUACCUAGGCACACUUCCUCUUGAGACACCUUACUCAGAAUUUGAGCACAAGUUCCAGGAAAUUGGUUUGGAGAGAGGGUGGGGUGACACUGCUGAGCGUGUCCUUGAGUCCAUUCAACUCCUUUUGGAUCUUCUUGAGGCACCUGACCCGUGCACCCUCGAAACUUUCCUAGGAAGAAUCCCUAUGGUCUUUAAUGUGGUGAUCCUUUCACCCCAUGGUUACUUUGCUCAAGACAAUGUCUUGGGUUACCCUGAUACUGGUGGCCAGGUUGUUUACAUCUUGGAUCAAGUGCGUGCAUUGGAGAGUGAGAUGCUCCAACGCAUUAAGCAACAAGGCUUGGAUAUUGUUCCUCGCAUUCUCAUUAUCACUCGUCUUCUCCCUGACGCAGUGGGAACUACUUGUGGCCAACGUCUUGAGAAGGUGUAUAACACCGAGCACUGCCACAUUCUUCGAGUGCCCUUCAGAAAUGAGAAGGGAAUUGUCCGUAAAUGGAUCUCAAGAUUCGAAGUCUGGCCCUACCUAGAAACUUAUACUGAGGAUGUUGCUCAUGAGCUUGCCAAAGAGUUGCAAGGGAAGCCUGAUCUGAUCGUUGGAAACUACAGUGAUGGAAACAUCGUUGCCUCUUUGUUGGCACAUAAAUUGGGUGUCACUCAGUGUACCAUUGCUCAUGCACUUGAGAAGACCAAAUACCCCGAAUCCGACAUCUACUGGAAGAAAUUCGAAGAGAAGUAUCACUUCUCAUGCCAAUUUACAGCUGAUCUCUUUGCAAUGAAUCACACUGACUUCAUCAUCACCAGUACAUUCCAAGAGAUUGCUGGAAGCAAGGAUACUGUAGGACAGUAUGAGAGCCACACUGCCUUCACCCUUCCAGGACUCUACCGAGUCGUCCACGGUAUCGAUGUCUUCGAUCCAAAGUUCAACAUUGUCUCACCCGGAGCUGAUCAGACCAUUUACUUCCCGUACACUGAAACUAGCCGUAGGUUGACAUCCUUCCACCCUGAAAUUGAAGAGCUUCUAUACAGCUCAGUCGAGAACGAAGAACACAUAUGUGUGUUGAAGGACCGAAGCAAGCCGAUUAUCUUCACCAUGGCGAGGUUGGACCGUGUGAAGAACAUUACAGGACUUGUUGAGUGGUAUGGCAAGAAUGCUAAGCUGAGGGAGCUGGUGAACCUUGUGGUUGUUGCUGGAGACAGGAGGAAGGAGUCAAAGGACUUGGAAGAGAAAGCUGAGAUGAAGAAGAUGUAUAGCCUGAUUGAGACCUACAAGCUAAAUGGGCAAUUCCGGUGGAUUUCAUCUCAGAUGAACAGGGUCAGGAACGGAGAGCUGUACCGUGUCAUUUGCGACACGAAGGGAGCGUUCGUGCAGCCUGCUGUGUAUGAAGCUUUUGGUUUGACAGUGGUUGAGGCCAUGACUUGUGGGUUGCCAACAUUUGCUACCUGCAAUGGUGGUCCUGCUGAGAUCAUUGUGCAUGGAAAAUCUGGUUUCCACAUUGACCCUUACCAUGGUGACCGUGCUGCCGAUUUACUUGUUGAGUUCUUUGAGAAGGUUAAGGUUGAUCCAACUCACUGGGACAAUAUCUCUCAUGGUGGUCUUCAGCGUAUUGAAGAAAAGUACACAUGGCAGAUUUACUCUCAGAGGCUUCUCACUCUCACUGGUGUCUAUGGCUUCUGGAAGCAUGUGUCUAACCUUGACCGCCUUGAGAGCCGCCGCUAUCUUGAGAUGUUCUAUGCACUUAAGUACCGCAAAUUGGCUGAGUCUGUGCCCCUUGCUGUUGAAGAGUGAAAACAUGAGGCUGACGAAGAGUAGAUAAAAGAAAUGGAGGAACCGGCUUUUUCCUUUUUAUUUUUAUUUGGAGUCUGUUGUUUUGAGUCUUAUAAAUAAUGUCAAUUAUUUUGAUUUUGUUAUUAAGCUUUGGAUAAAAUGAAGAAAAAAAAGAGUCAUUGUCUUUUGUUGUAGCAUGAUGUGAAUGUAAUUGGAAAAAGCUUUGAAAGGGUGUUGUCCCCAUCAAUUCAAUUUCAAGUAGUGCUUUCUUCUUUGUUCA